CUCUGAGGUUAAAGCCGGCCGGGGAGCUGCUUGCCUUGCCUUCUUCCGCUGCACGAUGAUCGACUUCAGCGGAGGCCUGGUGAGCGCUGGCGGCGGAGAAGCGCCCGGUCAGGGGGAGCUUUCUGCUCGCGGAGCCCGCAUCGCCGGUGGCGCCGUGGGGCUCCUGGACAAAGGCUUCGACAGGUAUCUCGACGACCCUUUCGACGCGGACCAAAAUCCUCAGGGCAUUUUGAAUUUUGGGACAAGUGAGAACAAGCUUAGUUUUGAUUUACUACAGGAAAGGCUUUCAAAACCUGACGUGAAUUAUUUGGAGCCUCACUUACUACAGUACUUGGAUACCCAAGGCAUUAAAAGCUUCCGAGAAGAAAUUGCCAAAUUUCUUACUGAAUAUGCAAAUGCUUCAAUACCGCUAGAUCCAGAACAUAUUAUUGUGAUGAAUGGCUGCUGUGCUGUCUUUGCAACUCUUUCAACUGUGUUGUGUGAUCCUGGAGAUGGAUAUCUUAUUCCAACUCCAUAUUACGGUGGCAUAAAUUCCAAAACUUGGCUGUAUGGUGGAAUGCAACCUGUUCAUGUACCCUUAUUCAGUGAGGUAGCUGAUGAAGGAAGCCAGCCUUUUCAAUUAACAGUUGUAAAAUUAGAAGCUGCAUAUCAGAGAGCCAAGGAACAGGGCAUCCGAGUCAGAGCAUUAAUCCUGAUCAACCCUCACAAUCCAUUAGGGGACAUUUACCCAGCACAGUUACUGAAAGAAUGUCUAGAGUUUGCGCACAGGUAUGAGUUACAUGUAAUAAUGGAUGAAAUUUACAUGCUGUCAGUAUAUGGUGAUACCACAUUCACAAGCAUCCUUAGCUUAAAGAGUUUACCAGAUCCAGACCGGACCCAUUUUAUGUGGGGAUUUAGCAAGGAUUUUGGCAUGUGUGGUGUCCGCGUUGGAGUGUUAUACACCAGAAACCAUUAUAUCAGGAAAGCAGUUAAUCAGCUGGUGAUUUUCCAUGGAUGUCCUGGCCCUGUGCAGCAUGUUCUCCAACAAAUCCUUAGAGACAGAGAAUGGCUGGAUAAUGUCUUUUUCCCAAUAAAUAAAAGAAGAUUAAAAGAAGCUCAAAACAUUCUCGUGGAUGGUCUUGCAAAGAUUGGAAUACCUGUUUUAAAAAGCUCAGGAGGAUUAUAUGUGUGGGCUGAUUUCAGGAAGUUUUUAAAAACACAGACAUUUGAAGCUGAAAUUGAUUUAUGGAUGAAGAUUCUUGAUGAAAAACUUCUUAUUAGUCCUGGGAAGGCCUUCUGCUGUUAUGAACCUGGAUGGUUUAGAGUAGUCUUCUCAGAUUCUGUAGAUAAGAUUACUUUGUGUAUUAAGAGACUUCAACAACUGCUAUGUGAUAACAUGGAUGAACCUGUUACUAUUUGUUCAUCUCCUGAAGGAAACAAAUGUGUUGAGUCUGAUGAUGUUGUUUCUGCUGUCAUAAAUACACCAGUGGAUGAUAUGUCAGAGGGAUAUUCACAGCUGAAGAAAAUAGCUGUAUUCUAAGACCUGGACUGCUAAAACAAUCUCUCUGUGUUUAUGUAUUGUGUGACUCCCCAUUUUAUAUAAUCUGGAAUACAGCAUUUA